AUGGACGCACUGACACUCGACUUGGGCCUUCGUUUUUUUGUAGAUCGUGAUAUGUUCAUGCGCUUUCGAGGUGGUGGUGUUGGCCACAAAGUAACGCGGGAGUGGGAUGAAUUUUUGAGGAAUGACGGUGCUGCAGUGUCGCAGGAUGAAGAAGUCAUUGAGCUCAGAGAGGUUGCGGAUGAAGUUGUGGAUGACAAUGACAGCGAGGGGAGUGCUUCUGAAGAUCUGGGUGAUGAGGGGAAUCCUGUUCAAGUUGGGGCUGAUGGGGAGGAUGAUGAAUUUCUUGCGCAAGAGGGAUGUACUAUCCUUGACACAAACUACCCAGCAGACCUGUCCAACAGUCGAGUUCAGGCCCGGGAACUUGAAGCAGGGGAGGAGAGUAGCGAGAAAAGUUCAUUGGUUUUCCAGAAUCAAAACAAUGUACUGCGCCAUCACACUAUAUCAUGA